GAUUUCGUGCUAUAAACGGUCCUCCCAAGCGUCACAGUUUGUCGUGUGCCAAUUUGUUCAAUUGUUCAAUUUUCAAUUCAACGAAAUCCUUUCGUCCUUUUUCUCGCGUCGUGUGUUUAUCACUGUGCUCAAUUUUUGCAAACAUGAAGUACUUUGUUGCCAUCGCUCUGCUGUUCGCUGCCGCCCAGGCUGUGCCCAUUGAGCUGGGUCACUAUGCCCCAUCGCUGGUGCAGGUGCAUCAUGCACCAGUGCUCGCCCAUGCUGUGCAUGCGGAGCCUGUGGCCUAUCCCAAAUACUCCUUCAACUAUGGCAUCAAGGAUCCCCACACCGGUGACAUCAAGUCUCAGGCUGAGGAGCGUGAUGGUGAUGUUGUGAAGGGCCAAUACUCGCUGGUCGAGCCCGAUGGCUCUGUGCGCACCGUUGACUACACCGCCGAUGACCACAAUGGCUUCAAUGCCGUCGUCCACAAGACCGCGCCCAAGAUCAUCGCCCAUGCACCAGUUGUGCACGCCCCCGUCCUCGCUCACGCCCCUCUGCUGCAUCAUUAUUAAAUCGCGUUGAGAUUGCCCCCGAGUCAUAAAGGUGCUCUCUCACAACAAGCAAACAACCGGAAGAAGAACAAUCAUGAAUUUCAAACAAAUGCAAUAUAGGAAUAACAGGCAGAUAAGACAUUGAUCCAUUGAAAAGAAAUCGUUAAACAAAAUGCAUGUACAUUUUUUGUAAGUAAGUAAAUUUAGCUAAGAAAGUUUUAGUAGAACACGGGCACCAUUAGUGGGUGCCCGGCACCCGGCUGAUCUGGCAUGGCAUGGACGAAGGAAAUACGAACAAAACAACAAAAACAAAAAACGAAAAAAACGCUAAACACAAAAGUAACAUAUCAAUGGCAUGGCAUAAGCAAUGACUUGAUCUUGAUCAUAGUUGAUGUGGAUAAUGAUGAUGAAGAAGGUGAACGAUAAUCAAUGAUAAAGCGUAAGCUGAACUAAGGAAGAAUCAAGUAAUUAUCCGCGCGCAAAAC